AUGGGUCUUACAGGCACCAUUCCUCGACUACUUGGAAACCUUUCAUUUCUGGUUACUCUGGAUUUGAGUGGCAACAAAUUCCAGGGAAGUCUGCCUCAGGAGAUUGUUUAUUUGCACAGACUUCGGGUGAUCAAUUUAAGUUUCAAUAACUUCACUGGACAAAUUCCUUCCUGGUUUAGCUUCUUAACCUGCCUCAAAUACUUGAAUCUGAAAAAGAAUAAUUUUACACGUUUGAUCCCUCAUUCUCUCUUCAACCUUUUAAAGCUUGAAAACUUGAUUCUAUCAUCCAACUCCAUUCAAGGAAUCAUUCCAGAGGAGAUUGGAAAUCUUCAUAGCCUGAAGUAUGUAGACAUUGAAACCAACCAACUUAAUGACUCCAUACCAUCUUCAGUCUUCAACAUAUCAACGCCAGAAACUAUAGCGCUUGGACAUAGCCCGUUUGGAAAUCUGCCUACUGAUGUAUGUCUCAAUCUUACAAAACUGAAAAAGCUUAGUUCAAUUCCAAAAGCGGUUGGUGCCCUAUGCAAUUUAAACAUUCCGAGCUCAACUGGAGGUCUGCAAAUGCUAUUGACACUUUCUUUGGCAGAAAAUAAGCUACAAGGAUCUAUUCCAGACUCGAUGGGUGACUUGUCAAAUUUGGUGUUCUUGGACUUAUCCAAUAAUAAUCUUUCAGGUCUAAUCCCAAAGUCCUUGGUGGCACUUCAAUUUCUCAGUUACGUCAAUCUUUCUUUAAACAAUUUAUGGGGUGAAAUUCCAUCUGAUGGCCCUUUCAAAAACUUCACGAGUCAAUCAUUCAUGUCUAAUGGAGGGCUAUGUGGUAGUACAAGAUUUCUUGUUCCUCCUUGCAGCACUUCCAUGGGUCACAAGUCAACCAGGAAGAAAACAUCUCAUGUAAUAUUCAUUACCUCUGGUAUUGGAGCAGCAUUAAUGGCUAUAACCUUAACAAUAGUAUUUCUAAUGUAUCGAAACAAAACUGAGGUGGGUAGGACUGAAGGGAUAUUGGAGAUCAGAACUGUGCAAAGGAUUUCAUAUUAUGAGCUUUUACAAGCAACUCAUGGUUAUGAGAAAAGCAAUUUGCUUGGCACAGGGAGUUGUGGAUCUGUCUACAAAGGGAUUUUAAAAGAUGGGAUGCUAGUGGCGGUUAAAAUGCUCAAUUUACAAAGAUUAAACAGAAUGAUAGAUGUGGUGCGUGCAAUUGAUUAUUUUCAUAAUGGCUACUUGAUACCAGUGAUUCAUUGCGAUUUGAAGCCUAGUAAUGUCCUGCUAGAUGCAGAAAUGGUUGCUCAUGUCCUUUGCAACAGAGGUCAUGUAAUUGAUUCUUUAAAUAUAAUGGAUUACCACUGCAGAAUAUGGUUUGGAAGGACUAGUAUCAAGGAGCCAAAUGAAGGGAACUUCACAGGAAAAUUGGAGUGUGUUUCUUUAGUUAUGGAACUGGCUAUGCAUUGCACUGCAAAAUCUCCUAAAGAAAGGAUCGGCAUGAAAGAUGCUCUUGCAGCUCUAGAGAAGAUUAAGGUUCAGUUUUAA